AUGGCGACUCCAUCUGACCAGCCCGUUUACCGGGCCACUACUACCGCCCCUGUCAACAUUGCGGUCAUCAAAUACUGGGGCAAGCGUGAUACUACCCUCAACCUCCCUACCAACUCCUCUCUCUCUGUCACCCUUUCUCAGCGUUCUCUGCGCACCCUGACUACUGCCUCCGCCUCCGCCAACUACCCCGCCGAGGAUACCUUGAACUUGAACGGCAAGCCGCAAGAGAUCCAAUCCUCCAAGCGCACCCUUGCUUGUCUCUCCAACUUGCGUGCUCUCCGCAAGUCUCUCGAAGAUGCCGAUGCCUCGCUCCCCAAGCUCUCUGCCCUGCCCCUCCGAAUCGUCUCUGAGAACAACUUCCCCACCGCCGCCGGUCUGGCCAGUUCCGCUGCUGGUUUUGCUGCUCUGGUCCGCGCCGUUGCCAACCUUUACCAGCUGCCUCAGUCUCCGCGUGAGCUGAGCCGUAUCGCCCGUCAGGGCUCGGGCUCUGCUUGUCGGUCCCUGAUGGGUGGCUACGUCGCCUGGCGCACCGGUGAGCAGGCGGACGGCAGCGACAGCUUGGCCGAGGAGGUGGCUCCUGCUUCCCACUGGCCGGAGAUGCGCGCUCUGAUCCUGGUGGUCAGCGCCGAGAAGAAGGACGUUCCUAGCACUGAGGGUAUGCAGACUACCGUGGCUACUUCAGACCUCUUCGCUACUCGGGCUCAGUCCGUCGUUCCUGAGCGUAUGGAUGCCAUUGAGGCAGCUAUCCGUGACCGUGACUUCCCCAAAUUUGCGGAGAUCACCAUGCGUGAUUCGAACACUUUCCACGCCACCUGCUUGGACUCGUGGCCCCCUAUUUUCUACAUGAACGACGUCUCCCGUGCUGCCGUCCGCCUUGUUCACGACAUCAAUCGUGCAGUCGGCCGUACCGUGGCCGCUUAUACUUUCGAUGCUGGCCCCAACGCUGUUAUUUAUUACGAGGAGAAGGACUCAGAACUUGUCGCUGGUACGGUCAAGGCUAUCCUCGGCGCUAGUGCGAGCGGCUGGGAGGGUCCCUUCUACGAGGACCUGGCCAACCUUACCGCCCCCGGCGUCGCUCUCGACAACAUUGACUCGCGUGUUCUGGACGUCCUGAAGAGUGGCGUGAGCCGUGUCAUUCUGACCGGUGUUGGCGAGGGCCCCGUUACUGUCGAGGAUCACCUGGUGACCGAGACUGGAGAGAUCGUCACCAACUAG